GAAGUCGCAGUUUAUCACUUGAAUGCUGUUCAACAUGAGUAAUAACCGCACGGUUUACUCGUUCGAGGAUUACCGCUGCUCUCCGGAUCCGGUGUUCGAGCUGGACCGGCGGUGUGUGUCUCCUGGCCCGGUGCCGGUGGUUGUGGAUAACGGCUCGUUCCAGUGCCGCGCUGGCUGGAGCAGCGGAGCCCCGGAGCUCGACUACCCGCGGCUGGUGUUCCGCCCGGCGGCCGCCCGCAGCAGAGGAGCCGCCCGCGGUGGAGCGCAGGUGGGGAAUGACAUCCCGAACCCGGAGCCGCUGCGCUGGACGCUCAAGAGCGCCUUCGACCGAGACACGGUGGUCAACUUCGACAUCCAGGAGCUCGUCUUCGACUACAUCUUCAUGCACCUCGGGAUAAACACACAGGGUCAUGUGGAGCACCCUCUGGUGGUGACGGAGCCGGCCUGUAAUCCGCUGCAGUGCAGACAGAUGAUGUCGGAGCUGCUGUUCGAGUGUUACGGGGUCCCGCGGGUGGCCUACGGUGUGGACAGCCUGUUCAGCCUCCAUCAGAACAGCCCCGCAGAUGCAGGAGUGCCUCCCACAGGCAUGGUGCUGUCCUCUGGCCAUCACUGCUCACACGUGCUGCCCGUCAUUAACGGCAGGCUGGAUGCUGUGAAUUGUAAGCGGGUGAAUCUGGGUGGAGGUCAAGCUGCGGCGUAUUACCAGAGACUUCUGCAGCUGAAAUAUCCUGCAAACCAGGCCUCCAUCACCCUGAGCCGCAUGGAGGAGCUCCUGCACCAGCACAGCUACAUCGCUCUCGACUAUCAGAACGAGCUGGAGAAGUGGCGGAGUCCGGAGUUCUACGAGAGCGAAGUGCACCGCGUCCAGCUGCCGUUCUCGGGCCGCUCGGCUGGAGUGUGUGUGAGCGCGGAGGAGCGCAGCGAGAGAAGAGCGCAGCAGCUCAGACGCAUACAGGAGAUCAACAGCCGGCGCAGAGAAGAGAGGAUACUGGAGGACCAGAAGCGACUGGACACACUGCUGGCUGUGCAGGAUCUGCUGGAGGACGGGGCUCUGGAGCUCUUCCACAGGAGUCUGGUGGAGCUGAACAUGGACUCGGCGGAGGAGCUGCAGUCAUACAUACACAAACUCAGCCUGAGCCUCCAGCAGCACCGCUUACUGAGAGCAGAGACUGCAGAAGUGGAGCCGUCGGCGGAUGAAGGAAACGAGCUGGAAGCAGAUUUAAAUGAGAACGAAGAGCCUGGGAAAACCAGCAGCGCAGCACAGCCGAUGUUUAACGUGGCCGAGUAUCAUCAGCUGUUUGUGGGCACGGAGCGUCUGCGGGUGCCAGAGAUUAUUUUCCAGCCGUCUCUGAUCGGAGAGGAGCAGAUGGGCCUGAUGGAGACGCUGCAGUUCGUUCUGGAGCAAUACUCUCUGGAGCAGCAGGAGGCGCUGGUGAGGAAUGUGUUUCUGACUGGGGGAAACCUGCAGUAUCCUGGAGUGAAGGAAAGAGUGGAGCGAGAGCUGCUGGCCAUCAGACCCUUCCAGUCACACUUCAAGGUGUCUGUGGCGGGCCGGCCGGCUCUAGACUCGUGGUUUGGGGCCUGUGAUUGGGCCCUCCGGAGCCCCGCUGACGCUCCGGGCUGGAUCAGCCGUCAGGAUUAUGAAGAGAAGGGAGGAGAAUAUCUGAGUGAACACUGCGCUUCCAACAUGUACAUUCCCAUGAAGAUCAGCAAACCCAAACACACACUCUCAGGGAAACACAGCACAGACUCCAGCCACCCGGACGCCAGCAGUAUUCAAAACCAGAGUGAUGUUUCUGUCAAUGUGUGCUGAUCGCUGGACGCGGCUUUUCUACUGCUGACGUGUUUUACUCACUGAAUGUUGAGUGACCAAAUGACUUUAUUUCUACAUCUUUAAAUUGUGUAUUGAAUGUGCAAAUGAAGAGAAGAUGUGAAGCACUGGGCUUGUUGAUUGUGUUUUUGGACAAAGUGAAACACUCCUGAAAGAAGUCUCAUCGGCACUGCUAAAAAUGCUUGCUUUCUAAGAGUUUUUGAGUCUUGUUUCUAGUCUAAGUGUCUACAAAUUCUUAAAUCAAGAAGCAUUUUCUAGUAAAAACACUGUUUUGCUUUAAGAAAAACUCCAUUUAGUUUUGAAAACAUGCUAAAUAAUCUGCCAGUGGGGUAAGCAGAAAUACUCUUGAUUUUCCUUUUGACGUGAGCUUAUUUGAGCUAGCCCAUCGGCAGAUUAUUUAUCUUGUUUUAGAGUAAAACUCUCUUCAUUUUGACAUAUUAAAACAAGACUAUAUUUCCUGCUUGUCUAGAAAACGCUUCUUGUUUUAAGAUUGUUUCGAUAUUUGAUCUAGAAACAAGACACAAACAACAGAACUGCUUAUUUUGCAGUGUGCUCACUAUAUCUGCAUUUAUUUAAUUCAAACAAAAACUGCAUUAUUGGGGAAUAUUAUUAUGAUUUGAUCAAUUUAAUAAGCAUUAAUAAGCAUUUAAUUGAUCAAUUUAAUGAGUAUUUUCUGUUGGAGUUCCCUCAGCCCUUUAACUGGCAUCGUUUGGUAGACCCUUUUGUCCAUGGGUCAUCAUUAAAACAAAAGGACAGACAACGUCAUCUAAAGAAACUAUGGUCAAAACAAUGUUCAUCUUAACAAAACCAUGAGGCACUGGAAAAGUAUCUGGCAAAAGUUCUUCAUUUAUCUUGUGCCUUACACUUUGUUGUUUAUCUUUAUGAAUCCCUCACCCUUGAAUUAAAAGGUAGGUAAAACAGGAAA